AUGUCAGAAGAGGAAACCCGUUUCAGUGAGUUUAAGGAGGCGAAUAAAAUUGUUUUCGAUCCAAAUACAAGACAAGUUUGGGACAACCAGGGAACCACAGGCAAUGUUGCCACGAACAAUGGAACGAGCGUAAAGCCUGAAGCAGGGAGUAUGCAGGAAGCUCAAGCGAAUGCGAAACAAGAACAAGAGGACCAAGAUGAGGAUAAUUCAGCCACUUCAGGGAUAGUACCAACUCUACAGAAUAUUGUUGCUACAGUGAACCUGGGUUGUCGGUUAGAUUUAAAGACUGUAGCACUUCAUGCUCGUAAUGCUGAAUAUAAUCCAAAACGUUUUGCUGCAGUGAUUAUGCGUAUUAGAGAACCUAAAACCACAGCUUUGAUUUUCGCAUCCGGGAAAAUGGUCGUUACGGGUGCUAAGAGUGAAGAUGAUUCAAAACUAGCCAGUAGAAAAUAUGCAAGGAUUAUCCAAAAAAUUGGUUUUGCUGCCAAGUUUACUGAUUUCAAAAUUCAAAAUAUUGUUGGUUCUUGUGAUGUUAAAUUCCCUAUUAGAUUAGAGGGUUUGGCCUUCAGUCAUGGAACUUUCUCCUCAUAUGAACCUGAAUUAUUCCCAGGUUUAAUUUAUAGAAUGGUGAAACCAAAGAUUGUGCUUCUAAUUUUCGUCUCAGGGAAAAUUGUUUUAACCGGUGCCAAACAAAGAGAAGAAAUUUAUCAGGCAUUUGAAGCUAUUUACCCUGUGCUGAGUGAAUUCAGAAAGAUGUGA